UACUGUCUUCCUUCUUUCCUAUGCAGCUGUGUGCCUGCAUGCCAGUCGGAUGCUUUUCAGUCCCAACGUCUUGUUUCUUCUACGUGGCGUCCCUCGUCUACUCCGUUGUGCUGCAAUGAGCACUGUCACUGGUACAUUUCAGCUGCAGGAAGCCCUCAACUAUCGAGAGGGUACCCGAACUGAGCCAGCAGAUGGGGACCACAUGGAGGAUGCAUACGAGCCAGCAACUGGCAGAGUUAUUGGCAAGUUUCGCUUCUCUGGAGCUAAGGAAGUAGCUCUUGCUGUGCAGAGUGCACAGACUGCCUUUAAAAUAUGGAGCCAGAAAUCGGGCAUGGAACGGAGUACUGUCCUAUUGGAGGCUGCCAGGAUUAUCCGGGAACGGAGGGAAGAAAUUGCUACCAUGGAAACAAUCAAUAAUGGGAAAUCUGUCUUUGAAGCCCUAUUGGACAUUGAUGUAGCUUGGCAGACCCUGCAGUACUAUGCAGGUCUAGCUGCUUCCAUGGCAGGUCAGCACAUUCAGCUCCCUCGAGGAUCCUUUGGGUAUACCAGAAGAGAGCCUCUUGGAGUAUGCGUUGGGAUAGGGGCUUGGAAUUACCCUUUUCAGAUUGCCUGCACGAAGUCAGCUCCUGCUUUAGCCUGUGGUAAUGCCAUGGUUUUCAAGCCUUCUCCCUUCACCCCAGUGUCUGUUCUGAUGCUGGCAGAAAUCUACAAUGAGGCUGGUGUUCCCAAGGGACUUUUCAACGUGGUGCAAGGUGGAGCUGCCACAGGCCAGUUUCUGAUUCAGCACCCAAAUGUGGCCAAGGUCUCUUUUACUGGGAGUGUGCCAACAGGCAUCAAGAUUAUGGAGUUGGCAGCUAAAGGAAUCAAACCAGUUACUCUGGAGUUAGGGGGCAAGUCCCCCCUCAUCAUCUUCUCUGACUGUGCCUUGGAGAAUGCUGUGAAAGGAGCACUCAUGGCCAAUUUUCUCUCCCAAGGCCAGGUUUGCUGCAAUGGUACUCGAGUGUUUGUGCAACGUGAAAUCCUGAAUGCCUUCACCAAAGAAGUUGUGAAAGAGACCCAGAAAAUCAAAAUUGGUGAUCCUCUGAUGGAAGACACAAGGAUGGGGGCACUUAUCAACCGGCCCCACCUGGAGAAGGUGCUCAGCUUUGUUAAACAAGCAAAGGACCAAGGUGCAGAGGUGCUGUGUGGAGGAAACACAUAUGUACCAGAUGAUCCCAAGCUGGCUGAUGGCUUUUACAUGUCUCCCUGUGUGCUAGGAAACUGUCAGGACAACAUGACAUGUGUAAAAGAAGAGAUUUUUGGCCCUGUCAUGUCCAUCCUGCCCUUUGACACAGAAGAAGAAGUUCUGGAGAGGGCCAACAACACCCGUUUCGGACUGGCAGCAGGUGUCUUUACUAGGGAUAUCCAGCGGGCUCACAGAGUAGCUGCAGGUCUCCAGGCCGGGGUGUGUUACAUCAACAAUUACAAUGUCAGCCCUGUGGAACUUCCCUUUGGAGGAUACAAAAUGUCAGGAUUUGGUCGAGAGAAUGGUGAAGCAGCAAUUGAAUAUUACACCCAACUGAAGACUGUCUGUGUGGAAAUGGGCAGUGUCGAAUCAGUGUUUUAGUGACUUUGGUCCAGCCAAGUGCUUCCAGUUAGCAACCAAGUGAAGUGCUAUGUACUGUGAAAAUGACCUCGAGUGUAUGGCAGUUUCACUGUCUGCCUCUUAUUUUGAAUUCUGUUGUAUCACUUUGCUUUCUUCUCUUGAAAGAACUUAUUGUGCAGAAAGGCAAAAUGUCUCAUUGGGUAGACAGCUUGCAGACAGUCUUUCACAAUUCCAAAUGUGAGCUUCCUGACCUUAACAAUAGUAGGGUAAAGUCUCAGCAUGUUAACAUUGCCUCCUUGCCUUUAGAGGUGGAGACUGCAAGUGUUCCUGCUGGUCCUUUCUCUCUUUCCACUGUCAUCUUAACACCUUGCUGUUGUAGGCGAGUAACUGAACAUAUGGCACAAAGAUGAUUGUAUCUAUGCUACCUUUUUUAGGUGGGCACUUCUCUCUCUAUUUUUAAAGCAAAUAAAAUUGCUGGGCUUGAUUAUUA